GAGAGAGAGAGAGAGAGAGUUGACCACUUGAGAAGGAAAGAAGAAACAGCUUCAUACUGUAUGAGCGCUGGUGUAUAACUGCGAUUUUAACCGUGAUCAUGAAUGCUUUGUGAAAGUGAUCCAGUUUCAGUCAUUUCUCGCUCUGUCAAAAUGACUGUGCACGCGCUGAAUUGAGGAAAUGUAAUUACAUCACGGACUUUUCACCAUAUCACCUUAGUUCACUGGUCGAACCGCAGGAUGUACAUGUUGCUUUUCGCCGUGUUUGUGCUUUUCACACAUGCUCUAGCAGGACCCGAGUCGCGCGCGCCCUGUCCGGCCAACUGCGACAUGACCAAGUGCCCGGCGCCGCGUGCUGCAUGCCAGGGAGGACGCGUGCUGGACCGGUGCGGCUGCUGCACGGUGUGUGCUUCGGUGGAGGAGGGCGCAACCUGCGGCCGCAAGCGCGAUCUUCCCUGCGCCGCUGGGUUGGAGUGUGUGCACCCUGGGGGAAAGAAAUCUUCUAAAGGGGUUUGUCGGUGUAAGAGCAGACACCCGGUGUGCGGCAGCGAUGGUAAGACUUAUGAAAACCCCUGCAAGCUGGAGGCGGCCAGUCGCAGAGCGCGGCAGCGGGGGAACGCUCCAGUCACCAAGAUGCACAAAGAUAGGUGCGCAUCUGCAGCUCCAGGUUCUACACACCACAGCAGCCCCAGGUACAAGUUUAACUUCAUCGCUGAUGUUGUGGAAAAAAUUGUCCCUUCUGUGGUCCAUAUCGAGCUUUUUCUCAGUCAUCCACUGUUUGGCCACCACGUGCCGUUGUCCAGCGGAUCAGGAUUCAUCGUGAAAGAUUCCGGUGUGAUCGUGACCAACGCUCAUGUGGUGAGCAGCAGCGCCAGUACAGUGGGCCGACAGCAGCUUCGGGUGCAGCUUCACGAUGGCAAAAAAUACGAAGCCUCCAUAACAGACAUCGACAAGAAGUCUGACAUCGCCACUAUCAAAGUCAACACACGGAAAAAGCUUCCAGUUCUUCCUCUGGGCCACUCAGCUGACCUGCGCCCGGGUGAGUUCGUGGUGGCCAUCGGCAGCCCGUUCGCUCUGCAGAACACUGUGACUACAGGCAUUGUGAGCACGGCACAGAGAGACGGCAAAGAGCUCGGCAUCCGGGACUCAGACAUGGACUAUAUUCAGACUGACGCCAUCAUCAAUUACGGAAACUCAGGUGGUCCACUCGUUAACCUCGAUGGUGAGGUUAUUGGGAUAAACACACUGAAGGUGACAGCUGGGAUCUCCUUUGCCAUUCCGGCAGACCGUAUUAACAGAUUUCUAGACAAUUCCUAUGACAAGCAGUACAAAGAUAAACACAGACUAGUUAGGUUGCAGUACAUGCCAUCUCAGCCUGUGGCGUCUGACUCAGAUGUAAAAGGCACAAAGAAAAGAUAUCUUGGAAUCAGAAUGAUCACCCUCACAAAGGACCUGGUUAAAGAGAUGAAACAGCGUGAUCCAUAUUUCCCAGAUAUCAGCAGUGGAAUUCUUGUCCAUGAGGUCAUUCCGGAUUCCCCUGCACAAAAGGGUGGACUUGAAGCAGGUGAUGUCAUUGUGAAGCUAAAUGGUCGAUCGUUGGUCAGCACUGAUGAUAUACAGUUGGCGCUUCAUGGAAACACGGCACUUCUCUUGGAAAUUCUUCGAGGCAGCAAUAGUCUACUAUUCAACAUUGAACCACGUGUCCUUGAGCAGUAAAAAAUAAAAGGUUGCAAGAAAACUGAGGUAGAUUUAGAUGACAGAUGUUCUCAAUAUUACAAAAGUGCAGUUAAGAUAUGUCAUGUAUUAUUGACCAGAGGACAUCAGUACAUUGUAAAUGAUGACUACGAUUUUACAAUUGCUUCUGAUUUUAAGUGAAAACACAGAUUUUACAUUGUUUUAUAUUCAGAUUUUGACAUACAGUCACUGGAGCCAAAUGUCUGUCUUUAAAUCCUAGUUACCUCACUGUAUUCACUUUACAAACUACUUGAGAUGAAAAUGUUCUAUGUUCUACUUUACACUACAUUUUCUUAAUGACUGGCUGAGAUAUGUUCCUGGCUUCAUACUGUAGCAUUCUAGUACAGUGUUCAUUAUUUAAGUGUUGUUUAUCACACCAGUGCAAGCAGGUCUUUCUAUAUACUCUAGCAUGUACAUUUUUUAUACAUGAUAUAUAUUU